GGGCCGCGGCCCCCGUCCCCUCCGCGUCCCAGCCGGCGUCGCGCCUCCCGGGGACCCCCGUGCGCCCGGGCCGCCGCCCCCGUCCCCUCCGCCUCCCAGCCGGCGUCGCGCCUCCCGGGGACCCCCGUGCGCCCGGGUCGCCGUCCCUGUGCCCGUCCCCGCCGGGCGAGCCACCGGCCGGGCGGGCGCGGGGCCGGACCGCCAUGGACCACAAGCCCCUGCUGCAGGACCGGCCGCCGCCUUACAACCUGGAGAGCGGCCAGGGCGACUACGCGUGCGGCCCGCACGGCUACGGCACCAUCCCCACCGCGCCCCCGCCGCCGCCUUACCCCUACCUCGUCACAGGGUUACCCACGCAGCAUCCCAGGGUCUACAACAUCCACAGCCGGGGCGUCACCCGCUACCCCGCCAAUUCCAUCGUGGUCGUCGGAGGCUGCCCGGUGUGCAGGGUCGGGGUGCUGGAGGACUGCUUUACCUUCCUGGGCAUCUUCUUGGCCAUCAUCCUGUUCCCCUUCGGGUUCAUCUGCUGCUUUGCCUUGAAGAAGCGGAGAUGCCCCAACUGUGGCGCCACCUUCGGCUAGAGGGCACGCCCCGGCUUCCUGGCCGGCUCUUUCCUAAUGUAAAUGUGUACAGUCGCUCAUUGAUGGAUGAAGCUUCGGGACUGUUGGGUCGGGCGAGGUGGGCUGGGGGAGGCACACGUGAGCCCGGGGCCCUGCUCCCAAGGCCCC